UCCAUCCGUUCGGUCUUGCGUGAUUCCCAAGCCGCCGGCACCGCUCAACCGCAGGGGGAGAAGCAGGCGACUCCGGGAGCUGCGGGGGCGUGGCUCCCCGUGACCUCCCAGCCCCGCGCUCGUCUUCCGAGCUGCGCCGGCGCCGCGGUCGCUGCGUUCCCGCCAGCUGUUUUAAGUUUCAUUUCCAACCGCGACUGCUGGCAGUUCCCCCUGGGGCCUCUUCCCGGAGCCCAGUCUCCCUCUGGGGAGCAGAGAGCGCCAGCCAUGGCCUCGCGGCGCGGAAAGCCGACGGGAACAGCGUCGGAGGCGGGAGCCGCCGCCCCCAGGGUCUCGGCGGCGAGUGUGAAGGGCGCCCCGCCCGAGCCUAGCGAGUCCCCGGCCGGCCCCGAGGCCGCCCGGCCGAGCGCGCGGAGACGCGGCCCCUCCAGGGCGUCCGGGUCCCGGAGGGAAAAGAGCGGCUCGGACCUCCCGGAGAAGCCGCAGGUACGCGCGCGGGCUGCCCGCGCCGAGGACCAGGCGGAGGGUCCGGCGGCUCGGACCGGAGAGGUCGAGCCUCCCGCGGCCCAGGGGCCGCUCCUUCCGAGGGCUGGAUCUCGCCGCGAGGGGACCGCGCGCUCCGCUCGGGAGCGGAGACCGCAGCCCGGGCCCGUGGAGGUCCCCGGCCCCGGCCCGCUGGUCCCCGUGCCCGGUCUCGGGCGAGGGGAGGAGGCGCCUGGCGCCUGGAAGCCCCGGCGGGUACUGCACAGGUUGAGGCUGAGCCGCCAGGAAAUCUCUGCGGCGGCGGAGGUGGUGAACAGGAUCGUGGACCACCUGCUGCGGAGACUGCAGAGCUGCGAGUCGGAGUUCAAAGCCGUCGCGCUGCUGCGCACGGGGAGCUACUACGAGCGCGUGAAGAUUUCUGCUCCUAAUGAAUUUGAUGUUAUGUUCAAACUGGAGCUCCCCCGAAUUCAGCUGGAAGAAUAUCACAACAGUGGUGCUCAUUACUUUGUGAAGUUCAAAAGAAAUCCCAGAGGAAAUCCUCUGGAUCAGUUCUUAGAAGGGGAGAUAUUAUCAGCUUCUAAGAUGCUGUUCAAGUUUAGGAAAAUAAUUAAGGAAGAAAUUAAAAAUAUUGAAGAUACAGAUGUCAUUGUGGAGAAGAAGAGAAGAGGGAGCCCUGCAGUAACACUUCUGAUUAGGAAACCUAAAGAAAUAUCUGUGGAUGUAAUCCUGGCUUUGGAAGCUAAAGGCAGCUGGCCUGCUAGCACCCAGGGAGGCCUGCCCAUCAGUAACUGGCUUGGAGCAAAAGUUAGGAACGAUCUAAGACGACAGCCAUUUUACCUGGUACCCAAGCAUGCAAAGGAAGGAAGUGGUUUUCAAGAAGAAACAUGGCGGCUGUCCUUCUCUCACAUUGAAAAGGACAUUUUGAAAAAUCACGGAAAAUCUAAAACAUGCUGUGAAAUUGAUGGAGUGAAAUGUUGCAGGAAAGAGUGUUUAAAACUAAUGAAAUAUCUUUUAGAACAAUUGAAAAAAAAGUUUGAAAACCGAAAGGAACUGGAUAAGUUCUGUUCUUAUCAUGUGAAAACUGCCUUCUUUCACGUCUGUGCCCAGGACCCAGAUGACAGUCACUGGCACUCCAAGAACCUGGAGCUCUGCUUUGAUCACUGUGUGACGUACUUUCUUCAGUGCCUCAAGACAGAGCAACUCGAGCAUUAUUUCAUUCCUGAAGUCAAUCUGUUCUCUCGAGACCACAUUGACAAGAUCAGCAAAGAAUUUCUGUCAAAGCAAAUUGAAUGUGAAAGAAACAAUGGAUUUCCAGUUUUUGGUGAAUUUUGAAAUUAUAUUUUUAAAAAGAAUCAGGAAUUAGAGUAACUUUAUAAUCAUUGAAAUGUGUCACAGCAAUGAUUGACUAAAAUGAAUGUAAGUAAUUAUUCAGCUCUCAGUGUGUCUUCAUAAACUCUAAUCAGUGUAAAAGGACAGAUUAUCCUAGGAAAGAGAUUAUUCAAAGAAUAAAAAGCAAAGGAGUAUUUAAAAUAUACAAGCUUUACCAGAGUGGAUUAAGAAGGAGGACAAAAUACAUAUCACCUCAAUUAAAUUCAUCAGGCACUUACUGAACACCACUCCUCCCCUGGCACAAAUGUGUAGGAGGAGGCAAGAGACGCUGUUAGAAAUGAUCAUUGCCUCUGUGAACUGGUAGGUUUUGUUUAACGUACAAAUAUAUUUGGAAGCAAUGUCCUGUCCUAUGUGUUAGGAUAGGUAAGAAGGAAAUGAAAAAAUAAGUUCUGCAUGUCCCAGGAACUUCUCAGUCUUUUACAGAAAAAUACAGGAUACUUUACUACACGUGGCUGAAUAUAAAACAUAAUUUUAUUUUAUUUUCAGUAAUACGUAUAUAUGUAUUUCUGAAAAGGCAGUACACACACGGUACAAAACUCAAAGAAAAGGUUAUGAAGUAAAAUGUCACCCUCUCUCCUCUGCACUCAGACAGCCUUCAACUUGAGGCAGUUGCUGUUUGUUAACUUUUUCCUGUUCAUGUAUUUUGCACAUUUUCUUAUUGGCUGUUUUAUUGUUUUCUCAUUGUCAUUUUAUUUUGUUGUCAUUCUCAUAUCAUGGAUAACUUCUCUGUGGAUUGUCUGUACCAUUUUUUGUGUCUUCUA